AAAAAAAAAACAACCACCCCACAUUAAAGCUCUGACAGAGACUUUCGGGUCCUUUGCUUUCGGUCAUCCACGCGUGUGUGGACCCCACGCUCGGUGAAGCCAUGCAGCGCGGCCGUGCUGCCUCUCCGGGGCUAUUGUCCCAGUCCUGAGGGGAACGCCGCUGCUCCGGCUCAGUGGUCUGGGAGGGCUGAGGUGGCAGAACCAAGACUGAGGAUGCACCAAGGGAGCCGAGGAGGAGACUCCUGAGCCACAGCCUGACUCACACAUCUAGCUGCUGUGCGCUGCCCUCCAUCAGGGGGGACUCUCUAGUAGGCCUGGAUCAUGAACAAUGAGUCUACCGUCUGGAAGAUCUUACCUGAAAACACCACUAUGAACCCAAUCUUCGUGAAGGAGUACAAAGAUGGCGAGAUGCUCAUCGCGAUCUUUUCCUUCUUGUUGGUAGCGACACUGCUCUUCACCUCUGUCCUAAGCGUCGCCUGCCGCGGCUGCUGUCGAGGAGGACAAUGCUUAUGCAGGACCAGCGACGACCCAGAAAAAUCUAACACCACCUGCAUGGAGGAGUCUCAGCCCACCCAGGAAAUCACCAUCAGGGUGGAUGAGUCAGAUUGCAUGUCCAUGACCAGCAUCCAUGACCAAGAAACAGAGCGAUUUUUGUCCACGGGCACCACAGGCCGCCGAGUCUCUUUCAAUGAGGCUGCACUCUUUGACCAUGGAAAGAAGACCCAGGAGAAGGGCCGCAGGUAUACGCUGACUGAGGGGGACUUUCACCACCUGAAGAACGCCCGGCUGACACACCUCCACAUUCCUCCACCCGCCCUCAAGAUAGUCACUAUCCACGAGUGCGACUCAGCUGAGAACACCAUCACCAUACCAACACACCCAGCCACAAAAUCAGCACUUUCUAUUUUCCAGCCAAUGAUGUGCCCUCUACCACAAACAGCACUGACCAGCCUGAGUGUCAAUCAAACCCUCCCUGGAGAUGCUCUGAACUCUGUGGUGGAGACCAGCUUCAGUGAGGCCACUAUUACUAUCAACACUAAAGAGCCAAGCUCCAGCUCUGUGGAGAUGAUGGGAGUUGGACUCCAUGGCAGAGGCAGCAGUUUAAAUGUUGAAGAAGGAGCAGCAGCAGGGAGCACAGUGCCUCCUGCUGGAAGCACUUCAGGAACCCAGGGGCCUGUGCUACAGUUCUUCACUAAACUGCGGCGCCAUGCUAGCCUGGAGGGAGCUAGUCCCUACUUCAAGAUCAAGAAGUGGAAGCUGGACAGCAGCCAGAGAGCCUCAAGUCUGGACACCAGAGGCUCUCCAAAGAGGAGGCAGUUCCAGCGCCAGCGAGCAGCCAGCGAGAGCAUGGACCAAGACGACAGCGACAUGCAUCACAUAGACCUCAUCCAGUACAUUGCUCGCACCCAGGAUGUUGCAUACCACCCCAGGCAGGCUUCCACGUGCCUCCUUUCAUCUCCUUCCACACCACCCCCCUCCCUCGGCAGGGUAGAGGUUGAGGUGAUGGUGGAGCCUAGUUGCGGUCAUGGUGGACCAGGGGUGACUGGCCUUUCCCCUGAUCCACAGGAUGAAGGAUUGUUGCUGGCUAGAAGGGAAGGCACUGACAUUAUGGACACAUCGGAUAGCCAGGAUCCCCAGUUACUUUACCGAGACAUCUGGACCCUUCGUGCAUCAUUAGAACAAUAUGCCGCCUCUGACCAAAGCAGCAACAAUGACAGGAACUCCAUCUGCAGCGAUGCUGACAGUGUGUGCUCGCUGGGCGGACGCACUGAAACAGACAAAGGAGGACUUCUCAGCUGCUUAUCCCAGGAUUUAGGGUAUGAAGCAGAAGGUGGAGAGGAUGAAAACGACUCUUUGAUGUUCAGAGAAGAAAGGGUGGGUAUGAGGGAGAUAAAAAAGAGGAAACAGGGCAGCACAGAAUCUGAGCGAGGGGGUAGCGAUGGAGAAACAGGAACUCGAAAGUUGCUGCAGAUGGACAGUGGCUACGCAUCCAUAGAGGCUCCAUCCCGUGGCCCAGAAGACCUGCGACUGUUUGGGGCCAGCAGCAAUGGCAGCAGCAGCCCCAAGGAUAGAACAGCUCACGAGAAACGCCACCACUUUACCAGUGCAGGGAGAAGUGGUACUAUCGGUGAGAGUUUUGAAUCUUAUCUCUUUGAGGAGGAGCCAGGAGAUGAGGUGUUGUUGGGUGCUAGUGGAGGUGUUUCAAGAGAAACAGGUGCUGGUUCAGUGAGUUGGUUCCCCUAUGGUCAGAUGUUCACGCCCCGAGAGGCUGUAGAGCCAUCUCCCCAACCACGGACCCUGCACCGACGAGACUACAGCAUUGAUGAAAAAACAGACGCCCUCUUCCAUCAGUUUCUCCGUCAUGACCCUCAGUUUGACCAGCAGGAGUCACCCGUCAAGAAACAUCGGUCUCGUAUCCAUCUCCGCAAACAGUGGCAGCGCCACAAGCAGUGGAGCGAUCCUGGUGUCAGACACUUCCAGACAUCUUUUGAGAGACAGCGUACCCCUCUACGAAGGGGUGAGAGUGUUAACUACCCAUUGGACACAAGCUACCAUAGCACGCUUCCACGCAUUGUCAGUGCACCUGACGAAGAGUCCAGCGACGGCGCUAGCAGUACGCCCGAAACUCCAAAAGUAGAACUCUCAGCUGCAAAGGAUGAAGGGACGCAGAUUGAGCAGGGUGUCCAAGGGAAGACUGAGGGGGACAGCACCACUGGUAGAGACGCUGAGGAUCAGACCUCUCUGCCACUUCUUCCUACUUCUGUCUCAGAGACUCAUGGAGGUUCAGGUGAGCAUUCUGACCCUCAAGAGGACAGCAAACAGUUUGUGGCUCCUCCUGAACCCAUAGAUGAACGGUCACCCCCUCAGCCGCCGGACUCCUCAGGCUAUGGCCCACAGACCAUCACAGCCGAGCUCACGGACAAACUGACAGCUAACCUAGAUGAAAGGCUGUACAUGGGCCUUCGCAGGACCAAGGACACAGCACCUGAGUGUGUGACAGUGAUGGCCACAUACGCUUCUCCAGACCACAGCCCAGUGUAGCAGGGCUCCAGGUGUCCUCAUCAGCCUCACUCCUGCUGUUACACUUUUCUUUCUGUUUGAUUGGUUCUGCAUUAGUUUCAGCCUGAAAGUCUCUCUACAUACAGUUCGAAUGGUUGUGCUCCAUAACCACACACACUGGGACGUAUCCUUAAAAUCAGUCUAGAAAUAAUUGUGCUUCAGUGUGUCGAAAUACCUCGAUAUGUAACACAUUUAAUUCACUGGAUAAAU